GUAUGACUUGUGAGGCAUGCGUCUCAUUCUUUUGUAGGCGGCUUCUCAGGAUAUUGUGUUUCCAUGCAGGAGCUACUUUGAAUUUCUUCAGAAAGUAGAGGAAAUUAGUGAUUUGGAAAACUAUGAAGAAGAGAUACUUGAAUUUUGGUUAUCAGAACCUGUGUAUAAUCAAAAUGGAAAAUGAUGUUGAUGUUCAAAGUGAAAAAUUUUCCAUUGGCGUGGUAUCAGAUGAGGUUCAUGUACAAUCAGGAACUUCAAUAAAGAAAGAUGAAACUGAGUACUCCAUGAAGUCCUCCCUGCCCAGGUACCCACGCCUGCUUGGUAGUCCUCCAGGUAGCAACCCAUUAUUAACAGCUCUUUCCCAAACACAUCUGCUCACAACAACCCAACUGCAAAGUCUUCCUAUUAUCAGAAGAGUCUGCAGAAGUAUUACUGCAUACCCAGAUUAAAGUAACUAUUGUCCCAUCAUGAA